AUGACCAUCCAAAGGCUCAAAAUCGGCCUGGCAGGCUUGGGCCGUGUCGGCAAGAUCCAUGCCAACAAUUUCUUGCACCAGACUCCCCGUGCUGAGCUGGUUGCUGCCUUUACUCCAGACCCGGCAGAAUUUGCUUGGGGUAGACAGAACUUGGAGCCAUAUGGAGUAAGACUGUACGAUGAUUACGACAAGAUGUUGGACCAUCCCGGACUGGCAGCAGUGGCUAUCGGAACAGCCACUUCUGUCCAUGCUGAGGAGACGAUGAAAGCAAUCGAUCGUGAUCUACAUGUCCUGUGUGAGAAGCCAUUGUCAACUGACGUUGAAGUUUGUAAAGCGGUUGUUCAAAAAGCCAAAAUCAAGCCCCAACUCAAAGUCAUGUGUGGAUUCUCGCGACGUUUUGAUGAUUCCUACCGCGAGGUCUAUGAUAAGAUUAGCCAAGGGUUGAUUGGACGGCCGUCCAUUGUGCGAAGCCAGACUUGUGACAAGUUUGAUCCCUCUGGCUUCUACGUCGCCUACGCUGCGUGGUCUGGCGGCGUGUUUGUCGACAUGUCCGUCCAUGACAUUGACCUAACAUUGUGGUUCUUCGGUGACGAUGCGAUUCCCAAGAGUAUCUCCGCGCAUGGGAUCACGGCUGUUCAACCGGAGUUGAAGAAGUACAACGACUACGAUAAUGCGGUGGGAAUCGUUGAAUUCCAUAACGGUAAAAUCGCCUACUACUAUUGCUCCCGCAUGAUGCCUCAUGGCCAGGAGGAUACAACGGAAGUCAUUGGCACGGAGGGCAAGCUGUCUGUGAACAUCAACCCCCAGCGUAACUUUGUCAACUUCUACCACCAGGGUGGAAUAACUCGUGAAGUCCCGCCUAACUUUGUCGGCCGAUUCGGCCCUGCCUUCGUGAGGGAGGCCAAUGAGUUUACUGCUGCGUGCUUGGACAACACCUCCCUCCCGAUCAAGUUGACCAAUGCAGUCAAGGCGGUCGAAAUUGGUUCCUACCUGCAAGAAGCCUUGGUCACUGGAAAGCAGAUUCAUUUUGAUGAGAUUGGAAGGAGAGUAGAAAAGGCUCAGCUGUAG